ACUUUAAUAUAAUCUCUUUGUAAAGUACCAAAACCAAACUCUCUCUGGACAGUGUGUAUAGAAGAUACAUUUCUGUUUCAGAUCCUGAGCAGAAAAUCAAUACUAUUGCAUUGCCCUUGCACAAGUGUUAAUUUUUUACGCUUAAUUUCAUGAACCCAGAUGACAGAAAACGAAGGUUCAAUGAAGCCAUCGUUAAUAUGCUCUAUCCCUCUCCUGAGUCUCCUCCUCUACCGCAACGCGAACAGGAGUUGAAACCUGUGGAAACAGCUUUGAUCGACGACGGGUCUCGUUUUGACAUUAUUUCAGGCAAUUUGGACGAUUACGACAAUGCCUCCACGAGCGGCAACGAAGAACAUGACUCCCAGACGACGGAGAAGCUCACGAGGGCUCAACGAAAGAAAAUCCGUAAGAAGAAGCUGAAGGAAGAAGCGAUACAUCGCGGAAAAUUAAUUGGGCCAUUGUUGCCUCUCACCCCCACUCAAGUUCCAGAGGAUGCUCCAACUGUUCGAUCAAAUGCUCCUGAAGAAGGUGAUGAAGAUGUGGGGGCUUGUGCUAAAUCCGUGAAAGUGAAGCACCGGAGGAUGGCAAAAAGGCUCGCCAAAGAAAAGCAAAAUGCCUCUAUUUCGUAGAACGCCAAUCAAAGUUCCGUUGUUGACAUCAAAGAAGCCCUUUUAUAAGUAUAUGCUGGCAACAAUCACAAAAUAGAGUAUUCUAUUUAUUAGAUUACAGUUCAGCGUUAAGCUCGUGAUGCAUUGAUUAGAUUUUAUAAAGUAGUAGUUAGAUUGAAUGGCUGUAUUACGACGAUUGCGCUUUUUGUUAACUCUAGAAAUUUUCUUUUUGGAUAACAACAUUACUCUGA